UACUUCAGUGGCUUGUACGUACUAUAGCUACAUUCAGUAAUGGUUAAUUUUCCAUAGUUUUGCUCUGUCACUCACCCCCAUUCCUGGCCCAGGUCAGGUGAAUGUGACUAAUGCUGAUGAAGCCAAAGUGUUUAGUUUCAGGAACAGAUAACAAACACACUUUCUUUAGCUCGUUCCUUUAAUUUAGCUUUGUUCAUUUGAGGGGUAAAAUGUGUGCCUUUCAUCAAAAAAUGGACCAGGUAACAGAGCAUUAACUUAUUCCCUGUAUUGUAAUCACAGUUAAGGGCUCUUCCUAUUAAUAGUAACUGAACAAGAUUUUAUUUUCUAAAUGUUUAUUUUGAGAGAGAGAGAGAGUGAGUCAGUCAGUCCUUAGCAGGCUCUAUGCUGUGAGCGCAGAGCCCGAUGUGGGGCUUGAUCUCACAAACCGUGAGAUCAUGACCUGAGCUGAAAUCAAGAGUCAGUUGCUUAACUGACUGAGCCACCCUGGAGACCCCCAAAAUUGUUUUUGUAUGUAGUGUAUAAUCAUCAACUUUAAUGAGUUAAUUGAAAAUCUAUAUAAAAACAAGUCUUUUUUCUAACAUAAAGCAAUUUGAUCCUUGGGAGUUAUUUAGUUUCUAAGAUCUCUUAGUGUGCUGCCUAAGUAUAAGGAAGUGUAUAGUCUACCAAGAUUUUGCUUUUGGACAUCUGAAAAUAAAACUUUUUAGUGUCCUCUUUUAGUAAUAAAUACAUAUUUUCCCAUUGGUUGGAUAAUGAACUUGAUACUAAUCAAAGUAUUCUAAGAGCGGAAACUACCUUCAUCUUUACAUGUUUUAUCUUCUUAAAAAGAAAAAAAGAAGCUUUGAGACUAGGGAUUUGUUUUUGCCAUUAGAACAACCGGUGAUGAUUAGCUCUUUGUAUUUCACUGUACAUAUCAGCACCACUGUAUGCAAUGGCUAUCACUGAUUGAUUUACUAUACCUAGUUCUUUUGCAUAAAUUAUGUACGUUCACCAAACAUUUUUUGUUUUACAGGUAUAACCACAGUUCUAGCAGAUUACUGAUUUGCAUUAGUAGUAUAUUUCCAGUAAUAACUUAAGAAUUAUAACCUUGUUUUCCUUUUGUGCUGUGGAGGAAGAAGGUGAAUGUGGCUAGGAGUUUAGAGUAAGGAAGAAGAGACUUGAGGAAAGUCUUAUCUUUAAUUGGGGAUUUUGAAAUUGUUCAUCUCUACCCCUUCUCCCCAAUACACGCUUUGGAUUUUCCACUGGCUCCCUUGGAGUUAAGGAUUUGUACUUUGUUGGAUCCUAGACUACUUGAAAUUUUGAUUAAUGAUACAGACUUUCUUCCAGAAAAAUACUGUGUAUGCACAAAAUUUUGCAUGUAAUUUCAGGGAUAUGUGGCCCUCAGAAUAAUGACCUUUGUGUUAAUAUGAAAUAGCUUAUCUUGAGAAAAAUCUGUUUGUUUAGAAUUAAAUUUGUACUUUUUCUACUAAAUGCUACUUCUCAAAUAGUAAUAUAGAUUAAACUAGUCUAUAACAGAUGAAUUGCCACAUAAAAUUUGAGUACAGUCAUCAUGAUGAGACAGAUGAUAGCUUCAGAUUCCAAGCUCACACUUCAACACUUCUACAAUAGCAUUUCACAAUGUUAAAAAAGAACAAAUUGCUUUCUUGUUGUCAUCCUCCUCCUUGCUGUCAUCACUUUCAAACACUGUUGCUAAAUGUUAUGGACUGUCAUUACUAGACCCAGACAUGCAAACACACAUGCACACAGAUUCAUGAUUAGAUUAUUUGUCAGUAGUCAUUAUAAAUAAAGCAAAGCAGAGCUUUUCUGUUUAAUAACUAUUUAAUAAUUUUCUAAUGGAAUUGAAUUUUUAUUUCUUAAAGUAUCUAGCAGUGGCAGUUUUCUCCUUCCCCCUCUCUUACAUCUGAAAAAAUACUAAUGGCAAUUUAUCUUUAGAGGAAGUCUUCCCUUCUCCAGUAUACUGACAAGACAACAGUUCAGCCACCAGUUAGGGUAGGAGAUACACUUGGGCCUUACAGUCUCCCAGUGCACAGAUGGUGACUUUUCAGUACCAUCUGUUCAUUAUUUCUUCACAGCCAUUUACAAUUUCUCCCACUCCAUGAGGGCUGAAUAGAAAAAAUAAAGUAGGACCUAGUUUUAGAGUUCCUAAAAGUUAGCUGCUCUUUCCCCUCACUUUUACCUACAGUUGAGUAAAGGUUUUAUGACUUCUUCUUCUUUCUCAAUAUUCCAGUCAUUAGCUUACAUAGACCCUUCUUCAUAUCUCUGGUGCUACGUGCCGUGCAAUUCCCAGGUAACAGAAAAGCAUUGUUAGUCUACUGCAUAUACUUGAAAAAAAUCACAUAAAGCGAUCUGUUUUUAUUUCCUUUAACUUUGUAUAAAAAUCCUGAGUAGUCUACUUAGUCCUUAUAAGUAAAAGCUGAAUCUCUGGCCACCUUCACUUGUAGAAGUCACCUGGUAUUCUUUCCUCCUGAUAUUAAGCAGAUGGGAAGAUAAUAGUUGAAACUUAGCCCUGAAGCAUGCAUAGCAAGGAAUGCUAAAAGUUGGCAGAAACAUUAGUCCCUGACCUUGGCAAAUCCUUUUCAAAUUUUUCUUUGUGAGCUUUUUGUCCUCUUCAUCUCCAGUUAAGAUCUUGCUUACUGGAGGCGUGGGAGAUUAACUUUAGACUCUUAAUUGUCACAUUGUGAUGCAUAAAUAGUGUUCCACGGCUCUGGCAUCAUAGGAGAGUUUUGACUUGUGACUAAAUACAAGAUUCAAGAGGAGAAUGAUUGAAUGGUACUUUGGUCUGGGAAGCCAUAUGGUUCAUCUCGAAGUAUCGUAAGGAAAAUUGGUACUAAUUUAUCUCUGAUCCAGUGUCCAAGAGUUCAGUUUCAGCUUACCAGCCCUACAACAGAAUGGAGCCCUAGCCAUCCAGGAGAGGAUGCAGUGGUGUCUUUUGCUGAUGUUGGAUGGGUAGCCAACGAAGAAGAAGAGUGUUCAACAAGACGAAGGACAGAGGUCAGAUCAAGGCAGCCCCUUCAGGAUGGCCUGCCUUUCUUUGAGAAGCCGCCAAGCAGGGAGCUUUCCUUACCAAACCUGUCUCCAGAAGAGCCUCAACUGAAGACAGCACUGGCAAAUGAGGAAGCACUACAGAAGAUCUGUGCCCUUGAAAAUGAACUUGCUGCUCUCAGAGCUCAGAUUGCCAAAAUUGUGACCCUGCAAGAACAGCAAAAUCUCAUUGCAGGUGAUUUAGAUUCGACCACAUCCGUUACUGCGGCCCCACCCUCUGUCCCACCACCUCCCCCGCCCCCACCUCCUCCGCCCCUCCCCACACCAGGGCUCCACCAAAGCGUAUCUGCUAUUGACCUGAUAAAAGAACGAAGAGAGAAAAAAGCCUGUGCUGGAAAGACUCAGGUUAAGACCAGGCCAAAGAAACCUGAUAUGCCAAAUAUGCUAGAGAUCCUUAAAGAUAUGAACAGUGUAAAACUUCGGUCAGUAAAAAGGUCAGAACAGGAUCUAAAGCCCAAACCUGUAGAUGCUACCGACCCUGCUGCCCUCAUAGCAGAGGCUCUGAAAAAGAAAUUUGCCUUUCGAUAUCGAAGCGAUAGUCAAGGUGAAGUUGGAAAAGGAAUUCCAAAGUCUGAAUCAGAGGCCACCUCAGAAACAGUGUUGUUUGGGCCGCACAUGUUGAAGUCUACAGGAAAAAUGAAGGCUUUGAUUGAAAAUGUUUCAACUUCCUAAUAGCUGAAGAAAAACUAUCUUUGUUCCAGCUGUUGGUUUGUUAGGGCUAUUUGGCUAGUAGAAAUCAACACUAGUUAGUAAAUACCUGAAUUUAGUAUUCAGUAGUCUCCUUUAGGUCUAAUAAAAAAGCACUCUAAGUCUGUGUUUGUUUUUAUGAGAAGGUUCUGAAGUUUUCCAUAACAGGUUUUUAAUGUGUAGCCAGGAUGUUAAGGUUUCUAGUCUUAAGAACAAUUAUAUAGAUUUCAGAGGAAAGGACAUUGUAGAUGUAGAGUUUUUAAUUUUUGACACUAAUUUAUCUGUGCAAAUGUUUUAUAUGCAUAUAUUUGGGUAUAAAAUAGUACGUAAAAUGUAAUGAUGACGUCAGUGAGGCUGUCAGUGAUUUAUUACUCAGUGAUGGAACAGCUGCUCGAGUGAAAUAUUUGGGAUUGGAACCUUUUUGCCUUGAAUAGGACUUUUACCUUAGAUCCCCUCUCACAUUUCCUUAGAGAUGGGGGUUCAAGUAGGAACCAGAUAAUGUUUACUGCUGAAAAUUCCAUAAUGCUUUCAUUUAAAGGAAAGUCAAAGACCACAAAAGCUGCUUUCACUCCAGUGCUGAGAAAGAAAAUGUAGUUUUUAGAUAGAACUCAAAUUAUUGGAUCAAAUCUAUAACAAGUGAAAACCAGAAUGUACCAUCUUUCUAUUCCAGUUUAAUAAAGGCAUCGUAAAGAUGGCUUGUUACUAAGUUAAUAUGUAAUAUAAAUGGCAGCAUAAUGGAGUUGAAAUUUUUUUAAAUAUUGGUCGAAUGUAGUAGCUUUAUAAUGAAACACUUAAUAGGUGAAAGAAUUUCCUGUAAGUUAUCAUUGGUCUGCUAUUCUGUUGAAUUACACCACGCAGCAACCCUUAGGUGCUCAUAGGAGAAAAGCCGUUCUUGUGGAGGGCUUCUGAGGAAUGCUGUACAUGCUCAUUUGGGAAUGCUCAAUAAAACUUUAUGGUUUUCUGUAUUUCUGCUAAACUCAGCUGUAGUUAACGCAGAAUCUUCUACCAUGAGUAAAUACUUGGAUUUAUUUAAAUCUAGUAAAAAGUGGAGAUGGGAAGAGUAGACCUUUAAGUUAUUGAAAAUAUGUGCAAUGUUCUCAAUAUUAGGAAAUGUUAUUCAGCUUAAAUUUGAACUGUGGCUUAUUUUACAUGUUUGUUGAUUUACAUUACAUGGUUUCUAAUUGUUUCAUAUGAUUUAAAAAUUCUGCCUUUAAAAGAAAUUCAGAAAAUUUGCCUAAAUAUAUAUUUUGACCUCCUAAGCAAUUUAUAUUUGUAUCAGUAUUGAAUUUUGGCCAGUGCUCCAACUGAAGGAAGUUACUGUAUUGAAAUAAAGCAAAUUUGUAUUUUCCUUGGA